CACCCCCCCGUCUCCACGGUCGCCUGUGCUGCCGGAGACUCCCUCACCUCCAGCUCACUCACCACCAGCCAUGUUGGAAGAGGAAGAGGAGGAGGAUCCCUCUUCUGAGGCACACUUUUCAAGCAAGGUUUUCUCCGGAGGAGGAGGAGGAGGAGGGCCCACUAGCCACCUCCAGAAUUUGGCCCGCAGCAGGAGGCCCCCUCACCUCCAGCUCACUCUCCAGCCAUAUUGGAAGAGGGUGAGCUGGAGGAAGAGCAGAGGGAGGAGUGGUCUCCCCCUCAGGUCCACUUUAACUGGCACUACAGAAAGGGAGUGGCUGCACUCCAGAGCCCCCAGGAGCCAAUGGAUGGAGGAGGAGGAGGAAGAGGUGCAGUCUUUUGGAGGAGGGCCAACUCCCCUCCAGUUCCCCUGAGCCCCAGGACCCAGUUGUACUUCCCCAUGCCCCACCAUGCUAUGGGGGAGCUACAGCCCCCUCUGGAUGCAGAGGCCGACAUCCCAGAAGUGUUCAACCACCCAGCCAUAAGAAGGCCUCAUAGGCUGGGUGUGUGAACGUAUUGGGACGCUGGAGCAGGCAUUGGAGGGGGGCCAGCCGAGAACCAGCCAGACAUAGUG